UUUUAUUACUAUUUGUGUUUGUAUACAUAUAGUGGAAGAAGAAAGACAAGGAGAAAGAGAGACAUAGUUUUCUUAUAUUUUUUAUAUUUAUGAUCUUGUUACAUAUCCGAAUUUCUUUUCACAUACAUGAUUCAAGUAAAGAUGUUUGUCUAAAAGAACCAAAGAACUUAAUAAUGCCAAUCCAUAUAAUUUCGUUGUAAUUAAUUUAAUUCAUCACGUUUAAUAAUCGAUCUUAUUUUAUCUUAUUUUCCUCAACUUGUUCAUAUUCAUUUAAUUUCAAUUUCUUCAUAUUUAAUUUCUAUUAAAUUUCUAAUAAAAAAUUUUACGAUUUUAAAAUUUGCUCCUAAAUUAUUUAGCCCUAAAUUCCUUAAAUGUUGCUAGUUUCUUGUAAACUAUCGCUCCGUUAAAUUGCACAAAUAAAUUUUAUAGUGACAAUGUGACAAACAGAAUCACAAUGAUAAACCAAGUCACUCAGUUACGAGUCUUUAAAUUUACACUUUGCGAGAGCAUUAUAAUUCAGAAUUUUAGAAUCUUCUUCUUUGUAAAUGAACGAAAUUCUGCCCUUUGUUCAAAUUCUUUAAUUGAUGCUGCUUAUUUCUUGAAUUUAUCACUUUUCUGAAUUUACAAAACUUUGCUCUUGUGAAUUUAAAAUCUAUUUGGAAUCUCACGAAGUCGUUUCAGUCUGGUACAAACCAAUCCAUGAUCGGUCUCAUAUGUUUACGCUGUCGCUAUUUUGUUUUGAAGAAAAUUCUCCGUCCUUAGUACAGCUUUCCUGCUCCGAUUAUUUGUUCGAUUAUUAUGCUUCGCGCUCAGCUCACGGAAAGACAGUUUGUGUCCAGAUAUCAUAGAGGACAUGGCAACCGAGAAGCAAAAAAGAAGUCAACUGCCAGUUUCGAUAACCAAAUUGCAUUUACCUGAUCCCAAUAGAGUUAUCGAUAUUCUUGAUCACGGAUUGAGAUUGAAUUUUGAAGAAGUUACGGUCGAUUGGAUGGAUUGUCCUGACCUGCGCAAGUUUGGCCUCGCCGCACCAGGUUUAUGUGGCAACCCUGUACUCCUCGAACUCGGCAACUUGUCGUACUUAUCCCCAUGGCCACGGCAGAACAAAAUUUACUCCUUCAAGCACAUUUUAAGUCAGCUGGAUCUCUUGGGCCAAGACAACUUUAUCAUCGGUGCGGGAAAGCAUUCAGCUCCGCCGUAUUACAACCAUGGCCAACUCUUCGCAAAUCUCAUGUUCUCGCGAGCGAAUCCUACUAAUAGAUCAAUAGGACUCACAAAUAAAAAUACUGCUUCAUGGUCCUUUAUGGAAAAUAUUACUUACAUGCAAAACACUUGGGAGGACAAUCCAACGUGCUCCACACAAGGAAAUUUUUUCUUAAGCGAAGGGAAACCUGGAAAAGUCCUCAGAGUAGUAGUACGUCGUCGCACUGGACCACUGAGUUUUAUAUCGGCGAUACAAGGACUUCUCAAGUGCAUGCGGACAGAAGAGGAUCCUCUUCUACUCGGUCUUGGCGGAAUGUUCAGGGUAGUCAAUAUCCCAACGUUGCACCAUAUUAUGCCCGCAUUCGGUAGCAAGGCAAACUUGUGUACGACGACUCGGGGCUACAAAUGGUUGACGUACAGCAAAGUGGUUGAACCUCUGACUGCUGUCGGCACUAUAAUGAGUGAGGGCGGUUAUUACAACAAUAUCUGCUCGAAUUAUGAAUAUAAUACAUACAUUACCAAGUCGCAUUUCCAUUCAUACAAUCGUAGCACAGAAGAAGGCGGCCAUUAUUAUGGUGAUUAUGAUCCUACUUUCGUGAGCAGUAAUUCCUUUGGAUCUUAUAUAGGGUACUUCUCGUUCGCGGACAAGCUUUAUGUCAUGGAUCCUCCAGACCGUACACAUAAUAUAGUAGAACAGUUUUAUCCUCCAUGUAAGUGUGAUGUAUUUAAUGUAAUUAACAUAAAUAAUAAUAAUGGAAGUUGCAAAUGUAGGAAAUUAUACACAUAUAACAUAUAA